GCUGGCAGCACUGAUCGCUGUUCUCAGCUGCGAGUGCAGCACGUUUUAAUUUAUAAAUUAGUUCUUGAUUGAUUUUAUUUUCAAAUACAUUUGACAAAAUGUCGUCUUGGAAGAAGGCUUCAAAAAGCAACCAAAAGGUGCACCGGGAGCGCCAUCAACCCGAGUCCCGCCAGCAUCUGGGGUUGCUCGAGAAGAAGAAGGACUACAAAAAGCGCGCACUCGAUGCGCAACGCAAGGAGAAAACAUUGAAGGUGCUGCACAAACGGGCACUCAACAAGAAUCCCGAUGAGUUCUACCAUCACAUGGUCAACUCCAAGCUCUCCGAAGAUGUGCACCAUGAAAAGGAGGAGAAGGAUGAGCACACACCCGAGCAGUUGGCCCUCAUGGAGACGCAGGAUCUCAAAUACGUGAUCAUGAAAUUGACAGUGGAGCGACGCAAACUGGAUCGACUGCGUGCCUCAAUUGUGGAUGUGGAUGCCACAACGGGUCACAACAAGCGCUUCACCUUCGACGAGGCGGGAGUCAGACAGCCAGUGGCACCCAAGACAUUGGGCGAACGUGUCGAAGCAGCUGAAACCGAGGGAACGACAGUUAACAGUCAGAAGCAGCAGCUUCUCAAUGAAUUAAAGAAACGCGAACAACGGGAACGUGAACUGAGCAUUGUAAAGAGGAAGCUGGAGAUGAAGUAUGCCCUCAAACAGCCACGCCUACUCAAGCCUCGAAAAAUUAAGAAGGGAACCAAAGACAGCGCUCCCGUUUAUAGUUUCCGUUACGAACGCAAGAAAUAAAUGUACUUAGAAGAUUAAUUCAGUUCAGCUCA